AACAAAUGUUUAUUAAUCGAAAGCAACUCGCUCGCGGAGGUUCUCACUCAAUCAUUGUUUAGCAUUUUCGUUCUCAGUUGAUUUUUAUUCUGCAGUUAAUUAAACUUUUCCAUAACAAAACGAGUAUGCAAAAAAAAAAUAAAUAAACGAAAUUAAAGUGGAAAUUAAUUAAUAUAUCUUGUUAUUAAUAAAAAAUUAUUAAUAAAUAAAUUAGAAAUCAAACGCAUAGUGAUUUAAAAACUUAAUUACUUUAUAGAGUGAUCAAAAACUGUAUUUGUUUAUAAAUUAAAAGUAUUUGAAAGAGAACAUAUAUUUGUAAAAAUGCUAUUGCAAAACUCAAAUAAAAUUUCGCCGUUCGAAUAUACGAACAGCAACAAUGAUCCCGAUAAAGUUCAUCAGAAAGUUCAAAUGCUUUAUCAAUGGUUGACCGAUAAUCCGAAUAUAAACGCAUGUACUGAUUUCGAAAAUUUAUCGUUUUUCUUGCGCAGCUGUAAGUUUGAUGUCGAUCGUACAAAAAGGAAGUUAAAAUGUUUCUAUCAAAUGCGUGCUGAACGUACCGAAUGGUUUUCAAAUCGUGAUCCAUUUUUAAAAGAAAUCCAAGAACUACUUGAAUUAGGCGUAUUUCUACCCAUAGACGGUGUUGAUGCUAGUCAAAGAAAAGUUAUAAUCGUGCGAACAGCCGUUCACGAUCCCAAACUACAUCUACAAAAUAAUGUUUUUAAAGUCAGUAAAAUGAUAUUGGACAUAUUGCUAAAAAUGGAACCGGAAAAUUGUAGCCGUGGCAUUGUGGCCAUAUUCGAUAUGAAGGGCGUUCAAUUGGGUCAUGCUUUGCAGUUGAAUCCAAAAUUAAUAAAACGUUCCGUAGAUAGUUGGCAAGCGUAUCCCUGCCAACCCAAACUAUUGGAAUUCAUUAAUACACCAGUACAUGUUAAUUUGGUAUUGAAUACAUUCCGUCUAUUUAUGACACCCAAGAUGAGAUCUCGCGUGGUGGUGCAGAAAAAAGGCUGUAGUGUGAAAUGUGAUAAUUUACCCAAAGAUUUGGGUGGAACGGGACCAUCAUAUGCCGAAUUAUCAUUAAAGUGGAAACGUAUUGUCGAAGACAAUGCACAAUUCUUUGUUGAAGAUGAUAAGUUCAAGAGUAUUUUAAAGAAAUAAUAUUAGAUUAAACAAAAAAAAAAACAUGUUGAUUUUCAUCUAUGAAUGAAAGCGAGCGUUAUUGAAUUAUUAUUAAUUCGAAUUAGAAAUAAUCAUAUAAAUAUUAUAAAUAGUUUAGUAAGUAUUUGUUUGUAUAAAGUCGAAUAAAUUGUUAUCAUAUAAUGAACAUAUGUAUGUACGAAUAUGUAUUGUUACAGUAAA